GAAUUUUCUUAUAAUUUCUGGCACUUGCUUGCGUUCUUCCUUGGCGAGACCAAAAGGCCAUUGACUCCUGUUUCUGAACCGUGCGUCUAGUAUACACUAAAAAAGACUAAAUUUGCUUGAGUUGAUCGAAUCGAAUGACACCCUUCUCUUGGAUUCUAGAAGUGCCCAUGACGAUGGACGGUCUUUUCUGUAUAUCUUAUUUGAACGUAUUUGUUUAGUGGCGGUAAUGGAAAUACUGCGAAAAAGCAAGGUGGGUUAGUUACGUGGGCUUGUUAUAAAACGGCCAACAUCAUUCUCAGGCACGGGGGCCACCUUUGCGUUUCUCGCCUUUGGUUCUCUCGAAUCUGUUGGUGUCGUGCUGCGGAACUUCGAAGCAAAGCAGGUGGUUCGGAUUGGAUUUCAAUGUUACAGAAAAGAUUUGGCUCUCCAUCAAAAUGAUGUCUUUACCUUAAUUUCGUUUCGUGUCAUCUUCACCUGAGCUGCUAUACCGUUCUGCAGUUGCCUGUGCUUCGCUAGUUCACUUCCCUUAUCUGAUGUUCCAUGAGAGCCAGUGAAGCUACAUAUGCUGUUCCAAUCGAGGUCUUUUCCAUGUGUAGAGUGAAGCUACCCGUUAAGCUUGAUACCAUUGGUGCCUCGAAGAUCAUCCGGUUGCUUGAAUCCUCAACUUUGUCCUUGAGCACUUGGCGAACUGGUAAUUAAUGCAAGCUUCAGAGAAGCCAAGAUUAUGGGAUGCUUCAGACAGGUUCUACAACCUGCCCGCGAAAGAGCUUGAGUCUUCUCAUUGGUCUUCGAUCACAAACUUAGACCAUCUCUCAUGCUCCGAUGAGAGCAGCCAAGGGAAUUGUACGCUCGAAUCAUCCUCAGGAAGUGCACCUUAUCACAUAAAUGAUUCCCCAUCAACCAAGAGGUUUUCUCCUGAUGGAAGUCCCACAUCGAAACGAGCAUCCGUUCCUGAUUCUUGCGCACAAGACCAUCUGAAUGAACUCGAACUAAAAGUGCGAGAACUGGAAACCGUCAUGCUAGGACCCAGCUCAGACAUGCCCCACACGGGUGAUAUCAACUUCUUGGUUGGAUCUGGCCAGAUUUCUCAAGAGACUGAGACAUGUAAUGAGUUGAUGGAGAUUGUCUCCAGGAGGGACCUAAAGGAGAUACUCAUUGCUUGUGCUAAAGCAGUCGAAGACAACGACACCUUAAGAUUUGAGUGGUUGGUGUCAGAGUUACGCCCAAUGGUGUCAGUUUCUGGCGACCCGAUCCAACGAUUAUCAGCGUACAUGCUGGAAGGGCUCAUAGCAAGAUUGGCGUGUUCGGGAAGCUCUAUUUACAAAGCUUUAAAGUGCAAAGAGCCUGCUGGUGCCGAGCUCCUAUCGUACAUGCACAUUCUCUAUGAAAUAUGCCCUUACUUCAAGUUUGGGUACAUGUCUGCGAACGGUGCAAUCGCAGAAGCCAUGAAGGACGAAAACAUUAUCCAUAUAAUCGAUUUUCAGAUUGCUCAGGGAAGCCAGUGGAUCACCCUGAUUCAAGCUCUUGCAGCACGGCCUGGUGGCCCACCCUGUAUCCGAAUAACCGGGAUUGACGAUCUAGGAUCUGCUUAUGCCCGUGGAGGAGGCUUGGAAAUCGUCGGCCAGAGGUUGUCUAGGCUUGCUGAAGCUUGCAGGGUACCGUUUCAGUUCCAUGCUUGUGGGGUUCCCGCUUCGGAGGUUGAAAUCGGACUCCUGCCAAUUCGAGCCGGCGAGGCUGUAGCUGUAAAUUUCCCCCUCAUGUUGCAUCACAUACCGGAUGAGAGCGUCUGUUCACAGAAUCACCGUGAUAGGCUUAUAAGGAUGGCUAAGAGCUUGUCCCCGAGAGUCGUGACUCUUGUCGAGCAAGAAUCAAACACGAACACUGCCCCGUUCUUCUCGCGUUUUCUUGAGACGCUUAAUUACUAUAUGGCAAUAUUCGAAUCCAUCGAUAUGGCUCUGCCAAGGGAGCACAAGGAGCGGGUCAAUGUCGAGCAGCAUUGUCUUGCUCGGGAUAUUGUCAACCUGAUUGCAUGUGAGGGGAUAGAGAGAGUUGAGCGUCAUGAGUUACUUGGAAAGUGGAGAUUGCGGUUCAUAAUGGCUGGUUUUAAUCCUUACCCUUUAAGCUCCUUUGUGAAUGCUACAAUCAAGAGUUUGCUGUCGAGUUACUGCGAUAAGUAUACGCUAGAGGAGAGAGACGGGGCUCUGUACCUUGGCUGGAUGAACCGACCUCUUGUCGCUUCUUGUGCAUGGAGGUGACAGACAUUUACAUGCUCAAGUUUUUCAUACAUCUCCAGUGUUUUUCUGUUCUGUCUGUACUUCUAUAGAUUAGCUAUAGGUGUAAUAUCUUAUAUAAGAAAUAAAUCGGGCUUGUUCCCGUCCUAGUUUUUAAGCUUCGCUAUGCUUCUUGCGGUUCCCUUUUUUCCUAAAUGAUGUUCUUGUUGAACUAUAAGCUCUCCUAAUGAAGUCUCCUGGACCCUCAGUUUGCGGAGAAUUCUGGAACAGGAACAACUGCCUGGGUCUUUGUUAAUGAAGUUUUACAUUGCUCGACAA